GAGCAGCUUGCUACUCGCGAGGACGUUGUGUCCUCUCUUCUGGACUUGAGCAUGCUCCAGGCUUGUCAGGAGCGACUCGCCCUCCAUGUCGCUGCACUGCAUCGCCUUCUCGCCAUCCUCUCUGACCCUGAUCGCACCCUCCCGAUCAUCCCUGUACGACUCGGGACCUCCACGAGGGUGUACUUAGCGCUGUGGGAUUUCGGUUCUCAGGGCGACUUCAUUCACCCACGCGUGGUGAAGGAAGCCCGCUUACCCACGACAGGGUCUCCAACUCCCAUCUCUGUUAUCCUAGGGGAUGACAAGACCCAGCGUUUCUUCGAUCAGACGGUCACCGACCUCCCCUUCUUCCUCACUCUCGAGCCGACUGAGCGUUCCCCGGCGUCUCGUCGCCACCGCUCCUCUGCAUAUUUCGAUGUGAUGGAGACGGGGUAUGACUUCAUUCUCGGCACUCCGUGGUCUCGUCGGUUCCGCAGCACCGAGGAUGAUUGGGCGGCCAACACUCUCGUUCUCAAAACGAAGUGUGGACAUACGUAUCCCGUACCUUUCAUAGGUACCACGGCGACACCAUGCCCCGAUCCUCCUCCCCCGGAGCCUUCAGUGCCCACACCAUCUCCCUCUAUCACUGUCACCUCGCCUCGGCAGUUCGCUCACUUCAUUCGACAGGACGAUAUCACCUUCUUUAUGGUGGACGUGACAGAUCUCUUACACUAUGAUCCACCCUGUCCCGACGCCGAGCUCAUCCCUCUGGAGCCAGAUCCUCCCUCUAUCUCCAUGGCUCCCAUCUCUACUUCCGUCCCUCCGCCGUCCGUCGAGUCCACCCCGCCGUCGCGUGUUGACGCUGACGCUGAGGAACUCGCACGAUAUACGGCUAACUUGGAGCCCGCAGUUCGUGACCUCAUCCGAGAGUACUACGGCGUUUUCCCAUCGUCGUUCUCGUACGCCGGCAUCCCACCGAUGCGUGACGUCGAGCACUCCAUUCAGCUUGUGCCUGACUAUCGUGUUCGCAACCAGGCACCCUACAGACUCUCGAUCCCCGAGGCCACCGAACUCAAGCGUCAGGUUGAGGAGCUCCUGAGACUGGGUUUCAUUAAACCCAGCAACUCCCCGUGGGGUGCACCCGUCCUCUUUGCUCGCAAAGCGGAUGAAACUCUUCAUCUCUGCAUCAACUACCGCGGCCUCAACCGCUACACGGUUAAGAACAACUACCCCAUGCCUCGUUCCGAUGAGCUGUUCGACCGCCUAGCAGGCAACCGCUUCUUUACGAAGAUUGAUCUUUGUAGCGGUUACCAUCAAAUCCGCGUCGCUGCAGCCGACCAACCGAAGACCGCGUUCCGAUCGCGAUUCGGCCACUACGAGUUCACGGUGAUGUCAUUCGGCCUCACCAACGCACCCGCUACCUUCCAGAGGACGAUGAACAACAUGUUCAGGGACAUCCUAGAGCAGUACGUUCUCGUCUACCUCGACGAUAUCCUGGUCUAUAGUCGUACCCUUGAGGAGCACCUCAGACACCUCCGCGACGUCCUUGACCGCUUGCGCAGACAUGGCUUCUACGCCAAGCUAAGCAAGUGCCGCUUUGCCCAGCACAAAGUGAAUUUCUUAGGACACUAAGUGUCUGACCAGGGUCUCCACAUGGACGACG